GGAAGACAACAUUCGUUGGUUUGAUGCAAGGCAACACAAGUGGGUCGAAUAUAGCAGUCUAUCUUGAACUAUCAGGUGGGUGUGAUUUUACAGGUUUUUAAGAUGGAAUGGAACACUGAAUUAAUUAUGGAAUUUAUCAACUUAUACGAAAAACACCCAGUACUUUGGGAUCCCAAGCAUUCAAAUCAUAAAAAUCGAAACAGUUUAAAUGACGCUUGGCUGGAUAUUGCGAGUGAGUUUAGCAUUGAUGUAACUGUUGAAUUAUUACGAAAGAAAAAAGAAUCACUUAUGGCCACCUAUAGAACUUUAUCAAGAAAAGUACGAGACUCCGAAACAACUGGAUCUGGAACCAAGGAUGUAUAUAAUCCAUCAUGGUUCGCAUAUGAUGCCAUAGACCGCUUUAUUAGGGCUACAGGAAAGAAAACAACAUCGUUAAGUUCAGAGGAAACCGAGAUUGAGGAUGAGAAUUCUCAGAAUGAACAGGAGGUAUUGAAUGAUCAAGAACUAGAAGAACAGGGAAAUGAGCCUAACUUAGUCCGCGAAACAAGACAAGACAUUAACAAGAAUCCAGAGCGAGGAUAUACAAGUUUUGUAUUGCCUCAAAGCGCUCCAGGAAAUAAAAGAAAAGUAGGCCCCAAUCCAGUCGAAGCAAAUUUAGCUAAGCAUUUAAAGCAAGCAAGUGAUGCUUUAACAACUCUUACCACCAAAUCGCAAACAAAGACAUUGCAAGAUGCACCUGCGUUAUAUGGGCAGCUGUUGGCUGCUAAACUUAGAAGCUUGUCACAAAGAACUCAACUUAUCUUACAAAAUAAAAUAGAUAACCUCGUUUUUGAAGCAGAACUCAAUGAAAUUGAUAGUUCUGGUGCUACAGGUGGGCGUUCCGUUACUACUAACGUUAUUUCCCCAGAACCUAAUCCAUCUGCAUCAAGCAGUCAUUCUUCUUCUAGCCCGAACUAUGUAGCUUCUCCAGGACCCUCCCAUACUUUUCAAGAAAAUGCCAAUUUGGUUAUUACUUCUCAAUCUAGUGACACCUCACUCGUAACCUAUUUUUCUACUGCUCAUGAUACUUUAGAUAUCAGCAGAAAUGAUAUGUAAGAUAAAUAAUUAUGUCCAUUAAAGGCAAUAAAAAAAUAAGAAUAACAGAGUUACAUAUUUCUUACCCGUAUCUCAUCCUUUAGUACUUCAAUGAGAGCCUCACAAACAUUGGCGACGAUGCGGCUUAUGGACUGA